GUAACCAUGGCAACGAGCAUCGCGCCCUCUGUAAACAAGUUAAAUCUAAAAACAUGUUGACAUAAACAUGAGACUGAAUCUUUGAAUAGAUUUUUGUUUUCUUUUAUAAAUUGUGAUCAAGAUUUAAUUGAGUAUCCAAAUGUUGUCUUCUCGUUUAUCAGGAAGAUUCUUCUCUUCAUCUAGCCGGUGUUUCUCUAGAUUAUCUUUAUCUUCCACUGACAAUAGGCUCAGUCGCCGAUUCCCCAAGAAAAUUGAACCUCCAGAAGAAUCUCUUGGCUUGGAUCCAAUGACCGUUGAAAUUCAACAUCUUUGGACAUUACGAAAAUAUUAUUCUGAUGGUGAUGUAAAAAAUUCUUUACUCAAUGAUAAUUCAUUUAGAGGAACAUGUUCUCUGAUAAUGAAAAAAUUACGCUACAUUAGACCGGAACAAGUUCGUUCACUUGCUCACUUGGUUCUUGGAAUUAACCUUCCAACAAACAUCGGGAUCACCAAAGGAGCUCUUCAAAUGUUACGAGUCCAUCUUAAUGAAUAUGAUUCUAUACAAUUAUCAGAAAUCUAUUUCCUGUUAAGUCAAAAUCCAAUGGUUGAACGUGAUCCGGAAGAUGAAAGAGAACCAAUAGAUCCAACGUUGAAAGCACUUCUAUCGGCGAUACCUGAAGCAUUAGCGAUCAAAAUUCUUGGAAAAAAGUUGACCACUAGACCAGAUCAUCUUUUACUUAUUCUUAAAGCAUCUACUCAUGGAUCUAUUGACCUGAAAGCGGUCAGUUUUCUGCUUCAAGUUAUCGCUUCCAAGUUGAGAUUCAUGAAUUCUGCCCACUUGAACAAUUUAGUUGGUCUUUUAUCUCAUAGUUACAUUGAGGAAAAUUUAGAUUCAAUUGGUCGCCCGUUAAUCAACAAGAUUCUUAAUCAUUGUUUCACUCAAAUAGUUGGCUCAUUAAGCAGUUACAACUUUGAGAUUGAUUAUUAUUUUGACGAAACAUUGAAAUCGUUAAGCACAACAAGUGAUCCAAUUUAUUUUAAUCGUAAAUAUUGUGAUACAAUUUACAGUAUUUACGAGAAAUCAGAUUCAUUUGAAAACUUUGGUGCUUUUGAUUAUUUCCUCGCUUUCACCAUGAAAUACGAUCAUUAUUCAUCAAAUGCAUUGGAAAAAGUUUCAUCACUAAUUGUUAACAAUUCUCGUUCCUUCCUCUGGGAUGUACCGUUAUCAUCGGCAAAUAUAAUCCAAAUUCUGGGCCAUUUAAAUUGGAGACCAACAAAUGUCAACUGGAAAGAUUUAUUUCCAAUUCUAUUGGAAGAAAUUAAACUCCAUGGAAGUCACUUUUAUUCACCAAUGUCAACACUAAUUAGUUUCUUAAUUCUCAAAGAACACGAAGCAUUUGAACAUUUAAUCGAAACCCAACCUAAUCUAAUAGAAGACAAUUUAAAAUUCUCUUCACUGGAAAAGAGUUACAAUAAUCUCUUAACAUUAAACAUCGGAAUUUCUUGUGAGGCGAACGAUUUAACUUCCUCAACAAUUAAAUCAUCUCUUUCAUCAAUCUUACCACAGGCAAUUAAUCAUUUAAAUUCAAUCCACAAGCCUAACCAAUUCCAAGAAUCAUUAUCAUCGUUUCUUAGAUUAACUUUUGGUGGUAAACAAAAAGUCAUUACUAAUGUUUGGACUUCAAAUGGACAUUUUAUCAACAAUCUACUAAUGGUUAACAAAGAUGGUAAACUAAUCGACUUAGAUAAUUAUGAUAAUGAAGAUCAGAAUGGAAUUAAAUUGCUAGAUGAUUGUUAUAAAUUCAAUUCUGAAAAUACAUUAAUCGCGGUGAUACCGUUAACAGAUAAUGAAUUUAAUUCUAAGCCCUACAAGUUGAAAGGUCAAUUCGAUCUUAGAUUACGAACAUUGGAAGAUUUUUAUCGAAUUAAAAUAAUGAAAGUUCAUUUGGAUACAUGGGAAUGUUUAGCUGACCGAGAGAAAUGUCCAUUCUUAUUACGAGAAUUAAGUGAAACAGUUGGUCGACAAUUAGAUAAAGAGAUAAUAGAUAAAGUUAAUUGUUAUUAAUUUCUUGUAAUCAAUUAUUUUUUCUUUCAACAAUUAACUUGCUUAUUCUUGACCAAAGUUUAUCAUGUAGAUAAAUUCAUAACCCAAAAUAACAUGUAUUCAUCACAAUUCAAUCUCAAUUGUUACAUGAAAAAUUUGUAACAAUAUUAGAUAAUCAUAAAUUAAAACAGUAAUUGUCUCCAA